AUGACGAUCGGCGCCGCCUUUGUGCGUCACGUCGUGCGCAACGAUGCCGCGAAGCUUGACCCUCCCGAGAUCUACAACUGGCGCGUCUUCGCCCUGGCCUCGGCCGCCUGCUUCGGCGGCACCGUCUUCGGCAUGGACACGGGCAUCAUCGGCGGCGUCCUGACCAUGCCCGACUUCAAGCGCGAGUUCGGCCUUGUCGAGCUUGCCAAAAAGGACCCGACCGCCGCCGCCAACCUGUCCGCCAACCUCGUCACCGUCAUGCAGGCCGGUGCCUUUUUGGGCGCUCUGCUGGCCAACCCCGUCGGCGACCGCUUCGGCCGCAAGCCGGGCCUGCUCUGCGUCGCCGUCUUUGCCUUUAUCGGCGGUCUGCUGCAGGCCUUUUCGUACGGCAGCCUUGCCUGCUUCUACGUCGGUCGCUUCGCCGAAGGGUUCGGCCUCGGCGGGGCCACGAUGCUGGCGCCCACCUACGUGUCAGAGAACGCCCCGCGCGCCAUCCGCGGCCUGCUCAUCGGGUUCUACCAGCUGUUCGAGACCAUGGGCGCCAUGAUUGCCUUUUUCAUCGACUACGGCUCGCUGCUGCACAUCCCCGGCCGCGGGUCCUGGAUGGUCCCGCUCGCCAUGCAGUCGCUGCCGCCCAUCCUCAUCUUUUGCAGCAUCCUGCUGUGCCCCGAAAGCCCCCGCUGGCUCGCCAGCCAAGACAACUGGGAAAAGGCCACCAACAUCUUGUCGGACGUGCGCCACCUGCCCCCGUCCCACCCCUACGUCCAGCAGGAGCUGCUGGAGCUGCGCGCCCAGCUCGACGAGGAGCGCCGCUCGGUCCACGGCACGGGCUACUGGGCCGUCAUGAAGGAGUGCUGGCUCGUCCCCGGCAACCGCAAGCGCGCCCUCAUGUCCAUCGGCCUCAUGGUCUGCCAGCAGUGGACGGGCACGAACGCCAUCAACUACUACGCGCCCGUCAUCUUCACCAACCUGGGCGUCAGCGGCACGACGCAGUCGCUGCUGGCCACGGGCGUCUACGGCAUCGUCAAGAUGGUGAGCUGCGCCAUCUUCAUCACCUUCUUGGCCGACACCCUCGGCCGCCGCUGGUCCUUUGUCUGGACCGGCUUCUUCAUGUCCUUUUGCAUGUUCUACCUCGGCUUCUACGUCCGCUUCGACCCCCCCGUCAAGAACGCCCCCAUCCCCGCCGCCGGCUACGUCGCCCUCGUCAUGGUCUAUCUGUUUGCCGCCGCCUUCCAGUUCGGCUGGGGCCCCGUGUGCUGGAUCUACGUCUCGGAAAUCCCCACCAACCGCCUGCGCGGCUACAACGUGUCGCUGGCCGCCGCCACCCAGUGGCUCUUCAACCUCGUCGUGUCGCGCGUCUCGCCCAUCAUGCUCAUCAGCGCCGGCGGCUCCACCGGCUACGGCACCUACUUUAUCUACGCCUCCUUCUGCUUCACCAUGGCCAUCUUGGCCUUUUGGGUGCCCGAGACCAAGGGCAUUUCGCUCGAGCGCAUGGACGAGCUGUUUGGCACCGCCGACUUCUCCAACAUUGAGGACCUGGGCCGGGCCGCGCAGAAGGUCGACGUGGAGGCCAGCCACUUUGAGACUGCGCCAGAAAAGUAA